CCGGGCCCGUUGCUGCCUCGGGAGCUGUAAUACCCGUGCGCCGCAGACCGCGGCCCCUCCCGGUGCCCUCCGGGGGCCCCCACCCCCUGCAGAGAGGGGCGGCCCGCGCCCCUGCCCCCCGCCCCCGCCGCGGGGGCUCAAGCGGCGGCUCGCAAGGGGUUAAAGCUUGUGAGCAGCAACUCGUUGAGGAGGAGUAGCCAAGGCCAAGCAGCAAAAACAUCACGGCGCAUUCCUGGGUAGCUCUCAUCUGCCAGCAUCUGAUUAAAACCGUAUCUCUCGCUGUGAGUGGCUAACUAAUCCGAAGGCGAGAGUACAACCGAGUAUUUAAGCGGGCCCCCGGCUCCAGCUAGGCCGUGGUUCCAGCAGAUCAUGCACAGGGCUCUACGGCUCUUGUCUCAAGCAUAGCUGACCAUCAUCUGAUCACCAUGGCUAGUGAAGCCGAAACGGCUGCUAUUAACAGCCAGCCUGAGGAACCAGCUUCACCAAAAGCACAACCUUUGAAGAAAGAAAAAAAGAAAGGGCUACAAAAGACAGAUGAAUCUCUUUUGGCCAGAUUCAAAGGUGAUGGUGUAAGAUACAAAGCUAAACUGAUUGGCUUUGAUGAUGUCCCAGAAGCAAGAGGAGACAAAAUGAGUCAAGAAUCAAUGAUGAAGCUGAAGGAAAUGGCAGUGGCAGCCCGUUCCCAGGGUCAACACAAACAGAAGAUAUGGGUGAACAUCUCCCUCUGUGGUAUCAAGAUAAUAGAUGAGAAAACUGGGGUCAUAGAACAUGAGCAUCCGGUAAACAAAAUCUCCUUUAUUGCUCGGGAUGUAACAGACAAUCGUGCCUUUGGCUAUAUAUGUGGAGGAGAAGGCCAACACCAAUUUUUUGCCAUAAAAACAGCCCAACAGGCUGAGCCUCUAGUUGUGGAUCUUAAGGACCUUUUCCAACUAAUUUAUAAUAUGAAGAAGAAGGAAGAUGAAAACAACCAAAAGGGAGCUGACAAGAUGAACUUGUUUGAGGAUACGUCAACAUCUCCUGAUAUGAGCAGUCUCACAGAAGAUAAAGAGAUUCUGUUAGUGGAUCUGAAUUCUGAAAUUGAGACCAAACAGAUUUUUACACAAGAGGAUUUCUUCCUGAAUGCCAUCACAACUUCUUCUCCACAACGAAAGCCACAGUCAAUCUUCUUCUCUGAGAGUUCUUCUUUAUCUACCAGUCUCAGCUUCUUUCCCACACCUAGUUCAGACCCUUUCAGUGAUGAUCCUUUUGAACAAAAUGACCUGUCUGCACAGCUGUCUCCUGACACUCUAAGAUCUGCUGAUCAGAUGGAGGAAAGUCUGAGUACCUCGACACCGGUGGGUAAUAGUGCUUCAAAUGGUGAUAUUGAUUACUUUGGUAAACAGUUUGACCAGAUUUCUAGUAGAACUGGCAAACAAGAAGCACUAACAAGCCAGUGGCCACUGGAGAGUAAGUUGAAUGCAGCAAGAACUCUAAAUGGGGUACCAGAGAGAGAACAGAAUGGCUUCCUUAAAGCCCCAUCAAACCUAUUUGUGGAAGGUUCUUCCAAAGGAGUAUCUCUGCAGAAUGGAGUAAAGCUGGAUUCUGAAAACAAUAUCCAGCUCGUAUCACAUGAGUCUAUUACAAUUAACCCACCACCACAAAGUAUCAAGCCAGGAAGAGGAAGGAGGUCUGUCAAGAUUGCACCAAAAGACUUGUUCAGCUCAGACACCUUUGAGCCGACUACAGAGAAAUUUAGCUUUCCCUCAGUGGCACAAAUAGGAGCUGUGCCAACUAGUCCAGUGAACCUCUUCAAAACACCUUCAGUGGCUGGUUUAGGUGGCUUGCCAGUAACUUCACGAUGGAUUGCACCUUCCUUCACUCAGGCUGCACCAGUCUUUCCUGGGUCUAUGAAGUCUGCUCAGCCUACAGGAGUUACUCAGCCGCUUGCCUUUGGCACUCAAGCAGAGCCAAGCUGGAGCCAGCCUGCAUCUUCUGGUCCAGCAGUACCUCAGCUGUCCAGUCUCUGGACACAGUCAGUGCAAGUUACAUCUAGUUCAUGGGAGCAGCCAUCCAGUGCUGCAAACCCUUUCCAGAGUAGCAUGUUCCCAUCUUCAACACUACCUACUCAGAUGUCAUCUGUACUGCCCUCCACGUCGUCAACAGUUAGCCUACCUCAGCCACCACCUAGAACUGCACCUCAGAAGGAGUUAUCCAAGAAAGAGAGUGAUGUUUUUAUUCAUCUGGAUCCACUUGGUGAUAAAGAGACAAAGGAUGUCAUGGAAAUAUUCAAAGACCUCCAGCUGACAAAGCUGCCUGCAGUACCAGCAAGGAGAGGAGAGCAGCAAAGCCUUUCAGGUGCUUCUGGAGCUUUCAGCAAUUAUUUUUGUAGUAAGCUAGGUAUUUCUCAAGAUAGUACAGAUCAUGGUGACAUGGAAGCUAGGAGGCUGUCUGCCAAAAUGACUGAACUGCCAAUGCCUGUUCCCCGAUCCAGUGUGCUGCCAGGUCAUGGUCAGCUUGAAGGUCAAGCUAAAAUAAAGCCUGACAGUGCCUUCUCCAAAUCAUCUUCUGGACCUUUUGAUGAUCCUUUUGGCCACCCAUUUGUAUAGGUCAGGCAUAACCAGCAAAGGACGAAUGGAUUAACUGGACCUCUUCUCAACGUGAUUUUUCUUCAUGUUUCACUCUCCUGUCUGCCACUCCUGCUGCUGUUCCAUGAUGAUAAUCUAAAACAUGUCCAAGUAGACUGAAACACAAACCCUUGGAGAACAUGCUGUGAAGAUGAUAAUUCAGGGCAAAGAAAAUGGACAGUUGGACUCAGACUCAUGCUGGAGACCCAAAUUCAAAUUGGUGGAUGUUAACUUUACUUUAGUUCUUUGCAGGCUUCCACAGAAGUUUUGUCAUGUGUCUUACAAGCACCAAGUCAUGUGUCUUGUUCACACAGUCCUCACAAUUCUGUAGCACUUACUGUCCUAAAAUACAGGAACUGAAUGUACCUGGGGAGGAAGUGUUUCUGUCACAUAGGGGAACUGAACUAGUAGUAAAAGCUCCACAGCUUAAACAACUUGGUCAGUUGCCUGUUAUCACAACAGCAGCCAGUUGUGAAGUUAAGUGGACACUACUCAGUUCUAAGUAGUGACUGGACCUAUGACUUGGUCUGUGAGCCACAAAGACAAAUUCUGUGAGAGUGGGGGAAAAAAACCACCUGAUACCUGUCUAUUUAACUAAUAGUAAAGUAUCAUUCUGCCAUAAAUGUGUAAUAAGGGACUAACUGUGGGGUCUAUAACAGAACUGCUGGAGUCCUGAGUACUAAAGCUUACACUGUACUGUCAGAUAAGCUGAAACACUUCUUGCAGAACAUUGGGGUAGUAAUGGACAAGUAACUGUUGUCUCGGUGUUAAUAUGAUUUUUUCAGAGAGGGAAAUCUGCUAGCAUCGCUUUUCUAUUAUGGUGGCUUGGCAGACAAAUGGAACAAGCAGAUAGGCUUCUUGCAUAUACUUCAGUGAAUGUCCCUGAUGUUUCCUGGUUUGAGUUGUCAUAUGGUGUAGGUGUGGCAUAUUUCCAGUAUGUUAGAAAGCAAAAAGACAAUCAUGGCUUCACUCUCUGCCUAGAUUCCUUGUGAACAAAUGUACCACCUCUGUGCCGUUAAUGUGAGGUAGUCCUCCAUCUCUUGAAAACAAUGCCUUUCUAAAGAACCUCUUUACAAACAGAUCUUUAACUGACUGUAACACUUACGUUCUUGGCCAGUGAUGGUGGCUAAUGUGUCAGAGGUCUUUCUGUUAAUGCUAAGUAUAAACUUGAAACAGUAAAAUCAAAAGCCUAAGCAGCUGCUGAACUGGAGAGCUAAGAAAGUCAACUUGGAUACAGCCUUAGUAAAAAUUCACCCAGUCAUGCAAUUAGUCUUGUAUAUAAACCUCUCUUGCACUUUCUGUAAGGCAAAAGAAGCCAUGAAUUUAUGUGUUGCAAACUGGAAAUGCAGAAACUUAUGGACAUUACACUGUUAUAUAAAACUGUAGUAUCUCAAGUGGUGUUAACUAAUGACACUAAAUAAAAGCAACUUUUCAUGGCAAGCAAA